AUGACUUAUGAGAAACAUAUUGGUGGUCUGGAAACUGAAGAUACAGUUAAACUGAUAAAGGAUAGACUGAAAACAACUUUCAAUAGGCAAAAAUCUUAUGCUAAUAUGAAAUUGAGAGAUAUCAAAUAUUCUGUGGGAGACAAGGUAUUCCUGAAAGUUUCUCAGUUGAAGAAAGUUCUACGAUUCUGUCGUAAAGGGAAGUUGAGCCUUAGAUUCAUCAGGACAUAUGAAAUCAUAGAAAGGAUUGGACCUAUGGCAUAUCAACUAGCACUACUGGCGGAAUUACGAAAGAUACAUGACGUGUUUUAUAUGUUGAUGCUAAGGAGAUAUCGUUUAGAUCUGUCUCAUAUUAUUAUGGUGGAAGAAAUCGAAAUUCAACCUGAUUUAUCUUUUAAGGAGGAACCGCUUGAAAUUUUGGCUCGGGAAGUUAAAAAGUUGAGGAAUAAGCGUGUUCCACUUAGAAAGUUUUAUGGCAUAGUCACAGUGUGGAAGAGGUGA